GGCGGGCACGCGUGGGCUCCCGGUCCCGGUCCCGGUCCCGGUCCCGGUCCCGGUCCCGCUCGGACCCGGACCCCUCCAGCCCCGGCGUUCUCCUCGGGAUGCCGGAACGGGGAUCGGGCGUGUCAGUGCAGGCAUAUCGGUGCGACCUGGGAGAUCCGGACUGUGAGAACCGCCUCUCGCCCCCGAAAGGCCGCAGGCGCCGUUGCCCCGCGGGAGGCACGGUGUGGGGGCUUUGGGUCUCUCCCGUAGUGCAGCGGCCAUGAGGAUUAACCAGGACGUGGUGCUGCGAGGAAAGAAGGUGACGCUGGUGCCCUACAGCCCUGCACACGUGCCCCGGUACCACGAGUGGAUGCAGUCGGAGGAGCUGCAGCGCCUCACAGCCUCAGAGCCCCUCAGCCUGGAGCAGGAGUACGAAAUGCAGCGCAGCUGGCGGGAUGAUGCUGACAGUGAGCACCUGGAAUGCUGUCUGAGGGAGGGUGGGAGUGAGUGCACCUUCAUCGUGCUGGACUCGGAGCGCUGGCCUGGGCAGGCAGAGGAGAACUCCAUGGUUGGGGAUGUGAAUCUCUUCCUCACCAACGCCGAGGACCCAACUGUGGGCGAGAUUGAAAUCAUGAUUGCAGAGCCCAGCUGCCGUGGCAGAGGGUUUGGCAAGGAGGCAACUCUGCUGAUGAUGGCCUACGGAGUAAGAAAACUGGGGAUCACCAAGUUUGAGGCUAAGAUUGGCCAGGAAAAUGAACCCAGUAUCUGCAUGUUCAAAAAGCUUCACUUUAAGGAGGUUGCUGUGAACAGCAUUUUCCAGGAGGUGACGUUGAGGCUGGAUGUCGGUGACCAGGAGAGACAGUGGCUCCUGGAGCAGACAAACCACGUGGAGGAGAAGAGUUACGCUGAGCUGAAGCAGCCAGCUGGGGUGCUGGACACCUGACAGACACCUCCAGACACCAGCUGGGUUUCCAGGGUGAAGCUGGACCUUGUUGGAAGGUCUGGGUGUGGAGGACACCAGAGAGCCAACACUGGAACUGUUCUCAUCUGUCUCCUUCAGCUGCUUUGUAACCUUGUCAACUUUGCACUUUGCUCCACCAGCCAGGAUUACUGCCUGAAAUUUGGACCUGGGGAACAGUCACUAACUCACAGGUUUGGCUAGGAAAUACUCUAACUUAGAUUUGCUGUUCCAACAGAGCCUAAAAUUACCAGCAGUUGAUUCCUGGACAAGCAGAAACUUCUCCCAGUGUCUUAAACCAGGAUUCAUCAGUGAGGAGGUUUCGUGUACUGGCAGCUCAUUCUUUUUUCCUCUUGAAUAAAAAAAAAAAAAUCAAAAAGA